CUUCCCCUAUUGUUGUCAUUUUCCCUAGAACAUGCCCCCCGCCCCCAUAAUUCCCGCUCGUUUUUAUCAUUUCCUUUUGUUUGUAAACAAUGUCUGAUAGUGGUGAGCCCUUACGUCGUUCAACGAGGAUCAGAAGUAAAGUCAGUUUGAGUGAUAAUGAAGAAACAUCGACUCCUUCAAAAACUCCGAGAGGGACUCGCACACCUUACACAAGACCCAGAACACGUAGAAACAGUGGAUCCAGUGUCAGUCAACCUGCAACUCCAGCUAAAACACCUGGUACAGCAAAAAGAGAAAGACCGAGGAAAACCAGUGUUUCGUGCGUUGAUCGCGAACCGUCGCCAAGUGGAAUAAAAGAGGAACUCGAGAAGGAGCUCGAGACGAUCGACGAAGACGUCCAAAAGCCGAAAGAACUCUUCGACGAUGAGGACGUCAGUGGUAACAAGAUGUACGGGUUCCAAACUCCCUCCAGGAGGAACGCGAUGGCCCAGAAAGCACUGCAAUCCCGUACCCCCGUACGAUCUGCGACCCCAAAAUCCCGGGCAGUUCGAAUACUGCUGGAUAAAAUUGAUCCUACGACACCACCUAAAUCAAUCCUGUCUAACAAGUCCACAAGAGUUCCACAGACCAAGAAGAGACAGGUUUAUUUCCCCAGUGACAGUGAGAGUGUCUCAGAGGACAGCGAAUACGUCCCCUCGAAUAAUGAAGAUGAUGACGAUGAGGAGGAGGAAGAGGGGGCGAAUGGAACUCGUGAGGAUUCUCAGGACGAUAACGAAGACAGUGAGAAUGAAACUCCGAGGAGAAAUCUGAAAGAUUUCAAGAGGAAAAUUCCAGUGCCCAUCACUCCUUGCAGGAGGGGAAGAUCAAAGAAUAAUAUAACGUAUCAAGAUUUUCACUUGAAGACUGAUGAAUACUUCUCGACCCAAGCGGAGAAGGUCCUCACAUCUGACCGCACGUUGAACCGCCUGAAAACUCCUCGUCUCAACGAAGAAAAGCUCCAAGAGCUCCUCAGCAACGAAAGCCACAUAUCAAAGUCCCACAAAGAUGGAAUUCAGGAGUUGACAAACAGCUGCAGGUCAAUGUUCCCCAUGUGGUACCACGUGAUGGAGGAGGGCUACAGCAUCCUGCUGCAUGGUCUAGGCUCAAAGCGAACCUUGAUAAACGACUUCCACAAGGAGAUAAUCGCAGACCACCCCACUCUAGUGGUCAAUGGGUUCUUCCCCAGUUUAACCAUCAAAGAUGUUCUCGAUGGGAUAAUAACGGAGCUGUUGGGCCUGGAUUGUCCCUCCAAUGCCAACGAGUGCUUCAGCAUCAUCGAGGAGACCCUGAGGAAAAACCCAGAGGAUAAACUGUACUUGUUGAUUCACAACAUUGAUGGGACAAUGCUGAGGAACAACAAAGCACAAGACACUCUGUCUCGUCUUGCUGCGAUAAAAAAUGUAAGACUGUUGGCUUCUGUGGAUCACAUCAAUGCCCCCUUGAUCUGGGAUAACGUCAAGAGGUCCAGGUACAAUUUCUACUGGUGGGAUGCCACAACUCUUCUUCCUUACGAGGCUGAAACUUCGUACGAGAGCUCACUUAUGGUUCAGCAGAGUGGAGCACUCGCUCUGUCUUCGCUCCAUAAUGUAUUCGCCUCAUUAACUACCAAUGCCAAAGCCAUUUACAUUAUUCUGGUCAAGCACCAGAUCGAAAAUGGCAAGAGCAAUCUCUAUCCAGGGAUGGCGUUCAAGGACCUGUACAGGGGUGCCAGGGAGAGCUUCCUCGUCAGUUCUGAUUUGGCUCUGAGAGCUCAGUUGACUGAGUUCAUUGAUCACAAACUCGUGAAAACCAGGAGAAAUGUCGAUGGGGCUGAGUAUCUGGCUAUUCCACUGAAUAACUCACUUUUGAAGAAGUUUUUGGAGGAACAUGGAGAUGAGUGAUGAAAACGAAAAUGAGUAAUUGCUGUUGAUAAAAAUUGUGAGCAUGAUGUUUUUAAAGAUUUCUCAGGGUAACACUUGCCAAUAAUUUAUCGAUUCUUGUAUUUUUGAUAGUUAUGUAAAUUAUUUGGAAUUAUA